AUGAGGCUAGCUAUAAGACCAACUCCCCAAUCACACACUUGCCCUUCAAUCUCCAAACCCACCCCAACUUUCUCACACGCCACCCCUCCCACCUUACCCUUCAACAAGUCUCAACUCGCUUGGGAUCGUCUCAAGCGUGACUCAGUGCAAUGCAACUCGCCCAAACUCGGUCACAAGUGGACACAAUACCAAGGAAUCAACAACUGGGACGGUCUGUUAGACCCUCUUGACGACAACCUGCGCUCGGAAAUCCUAAGAUACGGUCAGUUCGUAGAAUCCGCGUAUCGCUCCUUUGACUUUGACUCCUCUUCACCCACUUACGCCACGUGUCGCUAUUCUAAGUCCUCACUCCUAACCCGAACCGGAAUGAAAAAAACGGGUUACCGAAUAACAAAGAAUUUACGAGCCACGUGCGGGGUAAAAUUGCCAAAGUGGAUUAACAGCAUGGCUCAACUGCCACAUACGCAGUCUAGCUGGAUCGGUUACGUAGCAGUUUGUCAAGACAAGGAGGAAAUCACGCGCCUCGGGAGGCGUGACGUGAUGAUUGCCCUGAGGGGAACAGCCACGUGUUUGGAAUGGUUGGAAAACCUUCGUGCAACGUUGACAAAAUUACCGAAUCAUAUGGGCUGUGGCAACGAAGGUUGCAUGGUGGAAAACGGAUUUUUGAGUCUCUAUGUGUCCAAACAAGGUACAUGUCCGAGUUUGCAGGACAUGGUGAGAGAAGAGGUUAAAAGAGUGAUCCAAUCUUACGGUGAUGAGCCACUAAGCUUAACCAUAACUGGCCAUAGUCUUGGAGCCGCACUCGCCAUUCUCAGCGCGUACGACAUAACCACAACCUUCGAAAAUGCACCAAUGGUCACUGUGGUGUCCUUCGGUGGGCCCCGCGUGGGUAACGAUAAGUUCAGGGCUCGAUUGGAAAAGAGUAGGACAAGGAUACUAAGAAUCGUCAAUUCCGAUGAUGUCAUCACAAAAGUGCCUGGACUCGUGGUUCAUGAUGAUGACGUGGCCUGCACAGAUGGUGCCCACGUGGCGCGCCUUCAAAGUUGGUUCCGUAGGCUCAUCGAGGAUAUGCAGUUGGUGUACGCUGACGUUGGACAAGAGUUGAGACUUAGUAGUAAGGAAUCGCCCUAUUUGAAGAAAGGAGAUGUCGCCACGUGUCAUGAUCUCAAGACCUAUCUUCACUUGGUGAAUGGUUUCGUAAGCUCAUCGUCUCCUUAUAUGACCAAAACGACACAGUAUCCAGCCGAAGCUUGGCUUUGA